UAAGAUAUCGCUAUGCACUCUGGGAAUAACAGUUCAUGUCACAUAUAUCGCAUUGGCAAGUUUGCGAUUUCGGUCAUCGUUGGUAUCGGAGAAGCUCUGCAAGUUUGAGAUGAGGCUUUAUAAGAACCUCACGAAAUUAUCAUUUUCCCCUCCGCCGUUUAAAGCUAGCCACACAUUAGUUUCACUUUGUUUUACACCAUGGACGCCAGAAAUGAUUCAUGGACAUUACAUUUUGGAAUACGUGUUACUGGGUAGCAGCUAGCUAACUUGCUUGUUAGCUACCUACUGCAAUUUACUAGAAUACACGUUAGCUAGCAAUCGAAUGAAAGAAAGGUCUGAAGUUAGCUAACUUUUAUGAAAAGCUAGUAACCAUGUGUAGCUAACUUACUGUUGUUGGCUAGCUGGCCAAAGACAGACAUUUGAUACAAUGUUGUUCAGCUAGAGCUGUGGAACUUACUUAGAAGCUUGGUAAAACUUAACGUUACUCAGAAUAACACUCACGUUAUUUUAGCUAGCUACUUGCAAUAAAGGAAACCAUGUAUUUUACUUGCUUGUUUUUAGCUACCUAGCUAGCAUUCUUCUGACUGCAGUUUUCAAACCAGAUAACGUUAGAUAGCAAGAUUACAUCCUUGAGAAGUCUGUCGCCAGCCAAGUUACUCGUCUUGGGUAUUUUAUUUUCGUUUAAAGUUGCGCCUCAGUCAGGAGCCAGGAUAUUAUUGACAAGAGGCUAACAUUAGCUUUCAUACUGGUUCAGUGGUUGAACUUGUGGUGGCAAGGCUAGCUCCCAUUGCUAUAAUAGUUGGAUCUCGUCCUCUGUUAGCUAGUUGUCUUGAAUGACAGGGACUUUCUUGCAAAGAUCAUCGGACCAUGUUUUUGUACUGGUCUUACUUUUAAGGGACCAUUGUUAUUAGCUAAAUACAUAGCUAGCUAACCAGGUAAAUUGCUGAGGAUGCCUGGCUCAGAAAUUAAUCUUUCAAAUGCUGAUUUGGGAGAAUAUGACGCAGAAAGUCUCCCUACAAACUCUGGGUUGGGAGACUUGCCAUGGCUUUGCAUGGUUACGCUGUUUAUUGCCUCCAUCAUUACAUUGAUACUGUAUCUAGUACAGUAUUUUUACAGCGUUCUACGGAUACAGAUGCCUGAGCAAAACAAUGCUGGUUCGGGGGAAGCGGACGUUCUGUUGGGUUGGGCGCUUUCACUGAACAGUUGGAAAAGUCAGUGGAGAGGGGCUUGGUGCAGAGCUUUGAAUGACGAAUCGACGAAGUCUGGGUGCCCAGUGCAACUAAUAUUAGAAGAGGACGGCCUCGAGUCAUCAGAACUGGUGGUUGGCCAAGUGUCCAGCUUCAAGAAGUCUGCUAGUCAGAAGGCUGCACGAUGCAAGGUGGUCGGGGACAAGCUUCAGUUCUCCCUCAGUGCUUCACCAUCAGCCAUGUCUCCAGGAGAUCCCUGUAGGUACAGCGUAAAGAUAUCUCCACUUGAACUGCAGUUGGACUUGCAGAUGAGGGAGGCUGAAGGGCAGGUCCAGGUGGUCUGGGGGGUGUGCCAUCUCGAGACUUGGGACCUGCAGCUCAGCCCCAGCUUCACACAGGACCAUGCCACAGGCCCCAGUGUGGCUGCAGUAAAGGACAGGCUGAGACAGCUGCUGUGUGCGGUGCGUCCCUCCAUUAUGCUGAGUUGCAGGCCUGCUCAGGCCACAGAGGUCAAGGAGGCCCGUAACAAGGUGACAUCACCGCCCAAGCCCCCCCGUGCUCACGACUGGAAGCUGCUGGUCAAGAAUAUCCGGGUAACGUGUAAGGAGCAGGAGGACGGUGCUGCAGGCAGUCUGAAUCCCCUGUGUGUGCUGCAGCUAGAUGACCCUCCACAGAAACUCUCCACUUCAGUCUUACAGAACACAGCCAGUCCAGCCUGGGACCAGCCCUUCAUCUUUGAGCUGAAUGGACGAUCAAAAGAGCUGAAAAUUCAGCUGCUGGAUGAUGGGAAACCGCAGGAGAACUCCUUACUGGGUCAAGUGUCUUUGCCUUUUGAUCUGGUGAAGAAGCAGCCCAAAGGACAGCAAACAUUUACACUCAUGACCGAAGAUCAAGUGACAGGGUCACUUACUGCUGAGUUGACCUACCUGAAACCCAGUGAGGUGCGGUCAUGGCAGUCCCCUACUCCAGCCCCCACUAAGAGAGUGGAGAUGGACCGCACGGUCAUGCCCUGCGGUACUGUGGUCACCACAAUCACUGCAGUGAAGAGUAAACCAGGUCGACCACUACUGCCUGGACUAAAUAUAACCCAGCAGACCCCCUCCAAUCCUCCCAGCGGCACCAAGUCCAAGGUGUCAGGACGAAGGGUGUCGGCGCAGCUGUCCGUGCUGGGGAUCAUGGGGAGCAAGGCCUUGUCCUCCUCCGACACAGAGCUACUCAUGCUCAACGGGACCGACCCUGUGGCCGAGGCCGCCAUCCGCCAACUCCACGAGUCCGCCAAGCAGAAGCUCAAGUCCCCGGUCAAGAAGAGCACCAUCAUCAUCUCAGGAGUGACCAAGACUCCUCUGUCUCAGGAUGAUGAGAUGGCUCUGAUGGCGGGCUAUGCUGCUGCGAUGGACGCCUCUAUGUCGGAGGGGGGAUCUCAGGAAAUCGCUGUGGCAACUGCAUCAGUAGUAAAAGCCAGUAGCAAACCCCUGGAGGUGUCGUCAGACCCCCAGGAGGGCCCCAGUGGAGUUGUCCAGGCUCAAGCCCAGCAGGCCCCGGAGGACUUGGAGUGCCAAGCAGGACAGGGCACAGACCAAGAUCCAGACAAAACCUCCAUGUCACUAUGCAUCGCAGAGUCUGGAUCCAAAAAGAGCAGAGGAGGCAGCUUCAUGCACAGGAGUGCCAAGCUGUUCUUCCGCCGGCGCCGCCAGUGCAAAGACCCGGGGAUGAGCCAGUCGCACAACGACCUGGUGUACUUGGAGCAGCCUGUGACGGUAGACCGGGAGAAACGCACGUCCACCUUCAGCCGGAUGCUGAACCGCAAGCUGCUGCCCACGAGCAAGAGCACAGCCAACGGCUCCACCACCACCCAAACAGUGACACCCGUUCCUACCCCAGGGGAGCAGCAUGCAGCCUGACCCCCCCCCCCCCCCCUCCCCCCGAUAGGCCUCCAGCCCCCACUCCACCACCCUCUCCUUCCCCUCUAGGCCUCCAGCCCCCCUCUACUUCCCCUACGAUGGUCCUCUACCUCCACUCCACCACCCUCUCCUUUCCCUCCGAUAGUCCUCCACCCCACCCACUCCACCACCCUCUCCUACCCCUCCAAUAGUACUCACCACCCUUUUCUUCUCCUCCGAUAGUUCUCCACUCCACCACUCUCUCCUUCCCCUCCGAUAGUUCUCCACUCCACCACCCUUUUCUUCCCCUCCGAUAGUUCUCCACUCCACCACCCUUUUCUUCCCCUCCGAUAGUUCUCCACUCCACCACCCUUUUCUUCCCCUCCGAUAGUUCUCCACUCCACCACUCUCUCCUUCCCCUCCGAUAGUUCUCCACUCCACCACUCUCUCCUUCCCCUCCGAUAGUUCUCCACUCCACCACCCUUUUCUUCCCCUCCGAUAGUUCUCCACUCCACCACUCUCUCCUUCCCCUCCGAUUGUUAUCCACUCCACCACCCUUUUCUUCUCCUCCGAUAGUUCUCCACUCCACCACUCUCUCCUUCCCCUCCGAUAGUUCUCCACUCCACCACCCUUUUCUUCUCCUCCGAUAGUUCUCCACUCCACCACCCUUUUCUUCCCCUCCGAUAGUUCUCCACUCCACCACCCUUUUCUUCUCCUCCGAUAGUUCUCCACUCCACCACUCUCUCCUUCCCCUCCGAUAGUUCUCCACUCCACCACCCUUUUCUUCCCCUCCGAUAGUUCUCCACUCCACCACCCUUUUCUUCCCCUCCGAUAGUUCUCCACUCCACCACCCUUUUCUUCCCCUCCGAUAGUUCUCCACUCCACCACCCUUUUCUUCCCCUCCGAUAGUUCUCCACUCCACCACCCUUUUCUUCCCCUCCGAUAGUACUCACCACCCUCUUCUCCCCCUCUGAUAGUUCUCCACCACCCACACUACACCACCCUUUUCUUCCCCUCCGAUAGUACUCACCACCCUCUUCUUCCCCUCAGAUAGUCCUCCAUCCCCCCAUGUUGCCUCCACAUCUACCACCUUGCACUGACUGAUAGAUUCCACUUCCUGAUCUGUGAAUCCUCCAUUACUGGUUGGAAGGCAGUAUGGAGGUAAAAUAUUAUCUUUAUCUCCCUCCCUCCGGCUCUUUCACCAACCUCACUUUUUUUGGAGCAGAAAUAUUUGAUAGUGUUUUUGGGUAAUGCUAAUUUGAAAUGUUUUUUUUCUUCACCUCCAUGCCAGUUCAUGAUAAUAUUUUUGUAUUUAAAAAAAACAACAUAUUCUGUAUUUGUGGCCUUCUAAACCAGAAGAAUAACUACUUGUGGCCAACCUGCACCCUCAUCCUAUUAGUGUAGUAACACAGAACAAUGAGACAGAUAUUUCACCGGAUGUAUAAAUGUGAAGCAUCUGGUUGGUGUUUCCACUCACUACCAAAUAUGGUUAUGAGAGAAAGCCAAGUGGUUGUCAGCGGGAGAAGAUGGAGUGAGAUGGAUUUUGGCCAACAUUCUGCUAGUUUUCCCAUUGAUUAAACAUUUGAUGUUCAUACAGUUUUCUGCUUCCAUAACUAGAAUCGGUAACAAACCGAGUGGACUACACUUUGUAGACUUUACCCUUUGCCAAAGUUUUGAAAAUGCCGUAGUUUUUGAAUGCAAAGGCAAAUUGUUAUUGCACACUCGCACUUCAUAGUAGGCGUUCCCUAACGGAAAUAUUAAAAUAAAUUCUAUAAAUCGCUAAUAAGAUCUCACUAGCUCGUGCUUGGCUCUGCCCACCUCCUUGUUUGUUCUGCUCAGUAUGAUUAAUUUGCUCCCAUUGGAAACGACAGGCUCUGGUCCAUCUUGGGUUAGUUAUAAAAAAUAUUUGGUAGUGAGGUCAACCCUGACCUUUGACCUCUUAAAGGGUCCGAUUGAAAUGUGGCCCAGAGGGACCAAAGAAGGAGAGAAGAGUGGUGUUGACAUGAUUUGCACACAUUGCUAGAUACAUUUUCUAGGUUUUACACUCAAGGUGUGAUUUUUAAAGCUUUUUAAGAGUAAUUACUUGAACUGCUCUUAUUUAUCUGUAUAAAUAGCAAGCAGUUUGUGGAGGCACUUUGUGAUUGAGAGAGGAGUUUGUGUUGACAAAGGGAGACAGUUUGUUCCACUGCAAGGCUGAUACUAGUGGGAGAUGAUAAAACCUAACAUUUUAAUUCAAGACAUCUUAUCAAAAGUAAAUUCACAUACAAACUUCAGAGCUACUGUGAAAAUCUUAUGCCAGACUAAACAUUUCAGACAUCAACAGUUAUGGCAGUUCUGUGUAAGUUAUCUUUUGAUGUCAUUGGUUAGUUUUGUAAAGUCCAAAAUUACACUUGGUAAUAAAGAAUUGGGAAUUUCCACCAUAAACACUAUUUCAAAACAGUGCAGUGACAUUAUGGAAAACAUGAAAAUUGCAAUUUUCUGUUUGAUAACAUUUUCAAAUAUUUCUUUGCUUUGUAUUAUCACUUUUAUUUUAAAUAUUGCAGUGUUUUAAAUGCAAUUUCCUCUAGUCGUCCGACCUUAAGAUUCCUUAUACUACAACUGCCUGGGGUUGGUGAGGUAGAAAAUGGAACCCCAAUGACAUCAUGCUGAGAGAGGGAACGAACGUGACCCUACCUCAAGGCAUACUUGUUGCAGUGUUCACUAAAAACACAGGGGUCAUUCACUCAUGCGUUUCUGCUGUUUUUUUGUUUUAAAAAUGAAAUGUAACAUAUCAGCGCUUUAAACAUUGUCUAAACAGAAAGGAUGAUACAUCUUUGGGAAAUCUGAAUGGUUUGACUGCUUUGGGAUUUUAUCUAGCUAAUGAUUGUACUUUUAUUUAAGCAGGUAAAUUAAAUGAGUUGUUUUAAGAUAAAUUCCCUGCCAACUACUGUUUUAAUUCUCAUUGAAUUGAGCCUACUGAGAGGACUGCUAUACUCUUAUGGACAUGAUGGCAGUACUCAACAUGGACAUAGUAGUCAGAUGCCCUACUGUUUACAAGGCUUUUGAAGAGACUGGAGAACAGUUGUUCUACCUGUGUAGUAGUGACAAACUGUAGUGGGAUUACCUCUUGGAAAUGGUCAAUUCUUCAGGUAUGACCAGUCUUCGAAUGACUUGGGAAAUGCUGUCCCAGAACGGCAGUAGCUGUGCUAUCUAUACCUAAUGAUCUGGUGUUUUCAGAGGACUUGAGAAUGUUGCUGAGUGGCAUUAAAAUGACAUAAAGAGGAGCCAGUUGGAUUUCCCCUCAACAACCCAUAUGAAAACAUAAUCAAUGAGCUGUGUUUUUAUGAUAUCCUUGGAUGUCUGAUUACACUGGGGUAUCUGGUUGCUGAAAAAAAGGGUAUGCCAUUUGUGUUGAUCUUGAACAACAGCAUUAACUAAGUUCUCUGUCUGCUGUAGAUACUCUAUGGGUUAUGUGUCCAUAUUAUUAUUAUUUGUACUUUUCCUGUGAAGUAUGAACGAGUGCCAAACGCCUCCGAUCCUGUAACUGGUCACAUAUUUGAACAGUGGUGGGUCAAAUAUUGACGUAAGCUCCUGGAAGGGUUCCCAAUGAGCUGACUGCUCCUUGUUUCAGUAAAUAAGGUCCCUUUUAGAGCCAUCUUGCAGCUAGAGGUGUAUGCCGAAACCCAAAGUCAUCUUUAAACCUUGUUAAAACUUCAGAAAAGAAUGUGGGGUGUUUUAAACAUGCAAACUUGAUUCUAAGCCUAAUCAAUGGCAACUGACAAGUGCAAGAUUAUGCAUUUCAAUAAGCAGUGGGCCUGUAUAUUAUUAAACAGCUUGCUGACAUUUUAUAUUGUCUCUGUGAAACGUACAGAACCUGGUUGCCUGCUAAUAUUUAAUUACAGUCAAUGCCAUGCAGGGAUUAUGACUAAUUAUUGACAUAUCAGGUUUAACAUCUUGAGCAAUAAAUAUUAACUGAAUAACCA